AUGGCUCACAUAGAUCCCUUGAUCAUUGCUCGGGACGGUGACUUACUGAUCGUCGUCUCCGAUACUCUCAACCAAAUCACCAACAGGGACCACCAGCCUCAUCAAGAUGAUUUGGCUUCCCGAACCCGCCUCCCUAAGGGUGACCUACAAUAUACGUCGUUUCAAGUCUCCUCCGACCGCCUGGCCAUGGAGUCGAGAUACUUUGAAGCGGCGGAGUGA